UUGAUGGUUUUUGAUUUUCCAGGCAUGCAAAUACAAAGUGUUUUAAUUGUUGGGUGAAAUCAGAAUCAAAAUAGGCUUUUCCUUUUGCAACGUAGUCAUGCAGUAUGUUCUGCUGCUCCAGGUGUGCCUCUGGAUUCUUGCCAAAAGUGAUGAUCAAAUAUGUACAAAUGAAGAUACUUGUGGAGGCCAGAGCCAACCUGUGCAAACUCAGUGUUGGGCACUGGGAGGUGCUCACUAUUACACUUUCAAUGGAAAGAUGUUUGAAUUUCAAGGAAACUGUACCUACACUCUGAUGCAAGUUAUGAAUGACACCACUGGGAAGGAUACGUUCUGGGUCGGGAUACAAAAAGACAGAACCCCGAACGACGCCUCCUCUAUUAAAGCUAUUCAUGUCAAAGUUGCUAAACACAGUGUUGCAAUCUACAGAGGGGAAAGAGGCCAUGUUUGGAUCAAUGGAGAGAAAAAACUAUUACCCUUGAAUCUACAGUUUGGAUCCAUAAACAUUGCCCAGAGUGGUUUCUUUGUUGUUGUGGAUACAAGUCUGGGCAUUCAAGUGAAGUAUGACUACUCUCAUUUUGCCACUAUUCUCCUCCCUAAUACAACAGCAGUCAAUGGUUUGUGUGGGAAUAAUACUGGCAUUGAAGAGGGUGAUCUCAGGAGCCCUCAGGGUAAGGCUGUGGAUGCUACCACCUUUGGCUGGCACUGGAGAGUUCCUGAUCAGGAAGCCUGGUGUACAGCAGACUGCGGAGAUGCUUGUCCACGGUGCUCUGCUGAACAGCUGCAGAAGAAAAAUGUAGCAAGGCAGUGGAUCUCUUUGCAUGAAUACAUUUGGUCCCCACAAAAUCCAUUCUACCUGUGCAAAGACAUUGUUAACUACACCAAGAUCUCCACAGCCGUGAGCAUAUUUGACCUGUGCUCUAGUGAUGACCCUCAGAAGACCCUGUGCCACAUCUUGGAGGCAUACGCUGCAGCCUGCCAAAAGGCCCAGAUUGAGGUCGGGGAGUGGAGGAAUGGCACAAACUGCUCGAUGUCAUGCCCUUUGAAUAGUCAUUUUGAGUCCUGUGGCACAGCCUGCCCCGCCACCUGUGAAGCCCCUCUAAAUUCAAACCUCUGCACCCUGGCCUGUGUGGAGACCUGCCAGUGUGACCCAGGAUUCGUCCUGGAUGGUGACAUCUGUGUCCCGUUUUCCCAGUGUGGCUGCGAUCACAACGGCGACCAUUACCGCAGAAACCAGACCUUUUGGGCUGAUGAGAGAUGCACUGAAAAAUGUGUCUGUGACCCCCACACCCACCAGACUCGGUGCCAUGUGGAUUCUUGUGGCCCUGAUGAAUCCUGCACUCUUGAAAAUGGAGUCAGAAGCUGCAUAUCUCACCCGCCGCAGACAUGCAUGUACAGCGGUCAUCACAUAGUGACCUUUGACCAGCAUGACUAUGAUUUGCAUGGCACCUGUCAGUACCAGAUACUUGGCAUGUGUGGAAACAAGCAGGGCCUACAUGCCCUUCAGGUUCAUGUGCAGACAGAUGGACACCUGGAGUCAGCACUUAAUGUUCUGGUCAAUGUGAGCGGCGUACUUGUAGAGCUAAACAGCAAAAACAUGGAGAGCUUAGAGGUUGAUGGUGUCAUAAAGAACAUGCCCUAUCACCUGGGCCCUGCUGCACUGGCUUUCUCUCUGGGGAUGCACACUUACAUCCACACAGACGUGGGCUUUGAGUUCAGCCUCAGCACAGACGGCAUAGUUACCAUUGGACUGUCCAGUAGAUAUGCUAAUGCUGUGUGUGGCCUGUGUGGUAACUUCAACUCUGAUCCUGCUGAUGAUCUCACAGCAAGUGGUGCAGAAGAGCAUCUCAGUCAUGACCAUCUCAGUCAUGAGCAUUUUGGAAAAGCUUGGAGGAGUGGGCAGAAUCCCUGGUGUGUGGACGGCUGUCUAGGAGGAAGUUGUCCAAAAUGUUCAACUGAGCGUCUGGCCCACUUCUCUGACCCAGAGGCUUGCGGGAAGAUUCUAGAAGUUAAUGGACCAUUUAGACAUUGUCAUGGCCAAGUGAACCCCUCCAUCUUUUACAAGCGCUGCGUCAGUGACCUGUGUCUUCACGGCGGUCUCCAGCCUGCACUGUGUCACUCCUUGGCAGUGUAUACUUCUGUGUGCCUCUCCCACAGAGCUACAGUCUAUGCCUGGAGGAGUCCUGGAUUCUGCGAGUCUCAGUGUCCCUCCAGCAGCAGUUACAACAUGAGUUCUGCCUCUGUUCACCUCUGUCUCGGCUUGCAGAAUAACACUCUAGAGAUGCCUCUGAACACAGGGGAGAAUUGCCUCUGUGAAGCAGGUUUAGUUCACAGUGGCAGCCAGUGCAUCUCUGCAGAAAACUGUGGCUGCUUUCACCAGGGACAAUACCUGCAGGCAGGACAGGAGGUGUCAACAUGCGAAAAAAUCUGUCGAUGCAAUGCUGGGGGACGCGUGACGUGUCGUAAUACAUUUUGUGGGAAGGAUGAGGAGUGUAAGCUUCUUAGGGGCGUUCAAGGUUGCUACCCCAAACCCAAACUGGCACGCUGCUCUGUUGAUGGGUCCCAAUACACUACGUUUGAUGGACGGGCAUUUGAAUUUCACGGUUCAUGUAACUACACCCUGGUGCAGACGUGUGCUCUCAAGAAGCUGGAUGUGGAGCCUGUUUUCAUAGCUGCAAAGCAAAACCAUGGCAAGGGAAGGCAAAUCUCCUUUCAAGUCAAUAAAAUGUAUUUUGAGAUAUCGGCAGCUUUUCCUGGAACUAUUUUGGUAAAUGGAGUCAAUGAGAACCUGCCGUUCUCCCAAAGCAAUUUCACAGUGCACCAAAAAAAUGGAUGGAUAACCAUGAAGACACCACAGUCAGUUGAACUGAUUUCAGACCUUAAAAACCACAUUCUGGUCAAAAUCCCAAACAUUUACCACCAGACAACCUGUGGCCUUUGUGGAAACUAUAAUGACAAUCCCUCAGAUGACUUCCAGCUGCCCGAUGGCUCUGUGAUCUCUGAACCUGAGGUGUUUGGGCCCUCUUGGAAGCUACUUGAUGAUAAGACAUCCUGCAGCGACGUAUGUGAUGGCACCUGUCAGUCACCUAUCCCAGAGUACACCUCUGCCCUGUACUGCGGUCUUCUGACUCAUCCCAAGGGACCCUUCUCUUCUUGUCAACAUUUAGUGGGCCCACAGAAAUUCUACUCGCUCUGCAUGAAAAAUCUCUGCAUUUCACAGGGGCAACACCGGGCCCUGUGUGAUGCACUGUGGGGCUAUGAGGCAGCCUGCAAAGAGGCUGGAGUGACAGUUGACCUCUGGACAAACACAACAAGCUGUGCUCAUCAAUGUCCUCAAUUCAGCAACUACAGCCACUGUGCCAAUGUCUGCUCCUCACUGUGUCCUGAGAUAAGCCAGGGAGUUCAGUGCCCUGGAGACUGUGAGCAAGGUUGCCAGUGUAAUAUUGGUCACCUAUAUGAUGGCAAUGCCUGUGUACCAGCAGAGCAGUGUGGAUGCGUACAGGACGGGAGGAGGUUUAAGGCUGCUGAGAGCAAACUGCUCCAUAACUGUGCUGUUAACUGCACCUGUGGGCCACCUCUAGUAUGUGAGCAGUACUCAUGUCCUCCACUGCACAAAUGUGUUGUUUCAAAUGGGGUCAUGGGUUGCCACAAAGAUGAACCAACCUCGGAUCCAUGCGAGGGAAAAUGUGACGAAAAGGAGAAGUGUUACCUGAGCAAUGGUGUUCCUGUUUGUGAGAGCCUUGGGGGUCUGUGUUGGACCUGGGGAGGCCAGAACUACCAUACCUUUGAUCGGCUAGACUACAGCUUUGAGGGUACUUGCACAUAUCUGCUUGCAGCCAGCAAAGGAGAAGCAAGUGGGAAGACACCCUUUAGUGUGUCCAAGAAGAAUCUCUGCAACAGCAGUAGUGCUGCAUCUUCUACAGAGGUGGUCACUGUACAAACGUAUGGGUUCAACAUCAAGCUUGGUGGCAGAAAUGGCAGCGUAAAUGUAAAUGGCCAAGUGAAAUAUGUUCCUGUUAACCUGCUGCAGGGUAAGAUCCAAGUCUCUGACGAAGAAGGUAAAGCUCAGCUGAAGACUGACUUUGGCUUGCAUGUUGUCUUUGGUGGGAACUCGACUGUUGUGGUUACACUGAGCCCACGCUACAAGGGCCAAGUCUAUGGUCUGUGUGGAAACUUUAACGGUGAUCAUCAAGAUGAGAUGGCUGUAACCAUGCCUGGUUCCCCUCCUUCUAACUCAAGUGUUGAGUUUGCUCAGGCUUACCGGCUCUCUGAUGGAGACGACACCUGUUCCACUGGCUGUAAGCAAGAACCUAGAGUCACCUUCCCUGCAGGUCCUGUUUCUGAAGUUGCUGCUAGUAACGGGAAACUGUGUGAAGUGCUUAAGGAUAAGAGGGGUCCUAUGGCCUACUGUCAUAGUCAGUUUGCUCCUGAUUCCUUCUAUGAAAGCUGCUUAAGCAACCUCAUGCAAAAUGGAACGUUGCAAGCUGCUGUUGACCAGGCAAUAUCUUCAUAUUCUAUCAUUUGUGAAGCAUUCAGCGAUGGCUACCACACUGACAUGACAGUUGAUGUGCACUGUCCACCAAACAGUCAUUACAAGACCUGUGGCACAGCCUGUCCUCCAUCCUGCGAGUAUAAGGCCAUCGCCUGUACAAUGGCCUGUGUUAUGGGCUGCUUCUGUGACCCUGGAUUUAUCAGGAGUCCGACUGGCUGCGUGCGUCCACAUCAGUGUGGCUGUACUGACUCCACAGGCAAAUACCACAGCCUCAACUCAACUUACUGGACCCCAGACAACUGUGGUCAGCUCUGUAGAUGUGGACCAGCUACUGGAGAGGUCCACUGCCAACCGGCCCACUGCCCGAGAGGAAUGGUCUGCAAGCAGCUACAUCGCAAGAAAAUGUGUCAGCCUGAGAAACCCAUGAACUGUACACUGGUUACAGGGAUGCAUUUUACAACCUUUGAUGGACAUCAUUUUGAUUACAGAGACAGUUGUUCAUACUCUUUGGUUCAAACCAAGUCUAAUGUAACAGAACUUGCACCGUUCACCAUCUCUAUCUCUGAUGCAAUUUGUCACAAAAGGCUUUUUAAUAGCCUCAACUUAAAUCUGUCUAUCUAUGAUUUGGAGGUUGUGGUGGGAAAGCAUGACCCAGGAAAGAUUUUUGUUGAUGGACUUCAUGAGCCCUUGCCAUACUCCCACCCCACAGGCCAUGUUAAUGCCUACCGCACACCUUCAUCCCUUGUCAUUCAUACCGAUGUGGGCCUACAGGUGGUCGUCUACAACUCCGGCACUCUUAUGGUUAUUCUCUCCAGGAGCUAUGCCUCAUCCGUCUCUGGUCUUUGUGCGAAUGCAAACUCUGACCCUGAAGAUGACCUCAUGAUGCCUGAUGAAGAGCAAGCCCAAAAUACACUGGAGUUUGUCCACAGCUGGAGGUCUCGGGGAGCCGAGGCCUGCAGGGACGACUGUUUCUCCAGACUGAAGGAUUGUCCGGCUGAGAUGCACAAGCUGUUUGAAGGCAGCGAUUUCUGUGGGGUGUUGUUGAAUGAGCUUGGGCCCUUUGCAGACUGUUCCUCAGUUUUAAGUCCCAAGCAUUACUUUCACAGUUGUGUAGAAGAUGUCUGCUCUUACAGCGUACACUACUCUGCGCUCUGCAGCUCCAUUGCAUCUUAUGCAGCUGCCUGCCAAGCAGCUCAGCUACCAGUGAGGCAUUGGAGAAGUGACACUUUCUGUCGUAUGUCAUGCCCCAAAAACAGCCACUAUGAGCUGUGUGGACCUCGAUGCCCUGUUGUGUGCCAAGGACUGUCCUCUCCAGCAAACUGUAGCGGAGGUUGUGAGGAAGGAUGCCAGUGUGACCACGGCUACGUCUUGAGCGAUGGUCAGUGCGUGCUGGUUUCUGACUGCGGAUGCAUGCAUGACGGACACUAUCACCCCGCUGGCCCCUUCUUGGAAAACUGCCAGAAGUGUAACUGUGAAAGAGGACUGCUCACCUGCGUUACCAUCGCGGACUGUUUAGUAGAGAAGGGCCCUGCCUUGCAGUAUGGUGUGUGCCAAGUGUUUGCUGGUUUUGGCUACAUUACAUUCGAUGGUGGUGUUCUGCGUCACCAUGGAGCUUGCACAUAUCUAUUGUCAGCUGUCUCCUCUAAGGCUACUCCAGACUACACUCUUCUAAUAAGCUUCAAAAAUGAAAGCAGUGGAAACUUCAUAAUCAGCAGACUAGUCUUUCAUAUGCUUUCUCUUGAGGUGUCUAUUGACCCUGACACUCUAUGGAAAAUACAGGUUAAUAAAGAAGAGCGCAGCGUCCCUUUUGACACUGGUGAACUUCAAACAUACCAAGAUGGCAACAGGCUGAUUAUCAAAACACGAUCCGGGUUGGAAAUGUCCUUGUCCUCUACACAAUACCUCAGGUUAACUGUACCCCAGAUAUAUGAUGGCACAGCUUCAGGCCUCUGUGGGAACUUCAAUGGGGACAAGUAUGAUGACAUGGAACUGAGAAAUGGUCAUCUCACCAGCAGCUUUGCGGAGCUCCUGCACAGUUGGGCAGAGUUGGCUCCUGGAGAACACUGCGCCGACACCUGUGGGAGAGAGUGUAAUGAGUGCAGCCUGUCCCCACACAACGGCAGUGUCUGCGAUGUCCUGUUGAGCAUUAGUGGUGAAUUCAGCCAAUGCUGGAGCAGCAGUGUGGAGUGGGAGGUUAACAUGCAAAUGUGCAUAAGGGCAGUUUGUGCCGGGGCAGGAGACAGGGCCGUAUGUCUUGCACUGGAAGCACUUUUUUCAGCCUGUGAAGCUAAAGGAAUACCAGUAGGACCAUGGAGAGAGAAUACUCGAUGUACUCUUCAGUGUCCUGACCGCAGUAGCCCAAGUGUCUGUGUUGAGUCCAAUUCAUGCUCUGCUUUGCUCCAGCCUGGUUCUCCAGCAACCAGCUGUUCAGAAGGCUGCCAGUGCCAUCACCAUAAUGUGUUUGAUGGGGGAGAGUGUGUGCCUUACAGUGAGUGCGGGUGUCUUCUUGGUGAUAAAUAUAUCAAGAGUGAUGAGCUCCUCUACACAGAGGACUGCACCCAGAGAUGUUGGUGUCACCCUCUCAGUGGGGUGCUUUGUGAGGAUGCAGGCUGUGAUUCAGAGCAGCAGUGUACUCUGAGGAAUGGCUCUUGGAGCUGUCAGGAUAGACCUGAAGUUUGUGAGCUCAGGAACAGCCUCCAGGUGUCCACCCUCAGUAGUCAGCAGCUAAUCCUGGAGCCCAGCGUAGCGUACAGUCUGAUGUCUCUGUGCGAUGAAGCCAGUGCGCAGUGGUUCAGUGUGAUGUCCUACUAUGGACCUUGUAAUGGCAGCUCCAGACCAGUCAGUGUGUUUCAAAUCCUCCUGCACGGAUCGUCGAUCGCCAUUCAGGAUGGUACAGUAAAGGUGAAUGGACAGUUUGUGUCCCUCCCUCACAUUUUGCCAUUCAGGGUCUCCCUGAAAUCAGGAAUGAGCCAGGACAAGUCAGAAGUCACUGUGAUUCUGAGCAGAGAUGCUGGGAUGGAGAAAGAGCUGGACAUAGAGAUUGGUGUUACCAUGGUGACAAUAAAGACUCCUCUCUGGUACUCGGAAAAAUUGUGUGGUCUAUGUGGAAACCUGAACGACCUCCACUCUCUCGGCUCGGUCAGGUCAUGGGCCCGCUCUGACUUUCCAGGCUGCGGCUUCACCGGAUGAUAGCUGUCUGUUUUGAUUUUCUAUGAAUAUGUAUUGUUUUCAAUACAAAACAAUUUAAACAAC